GGUUAUUUACAUGCCCGUACUGCGAGUUAAUCUGUGGUUGUCUAUUUUGAUAAUUUUGAAUAUGAUUUUGAAUCCGCAAAACCGUUAAUCUGACGAUCAGAGUAGUGACAGUUUAGUUUAAACUUUUAAUUUUGAUGGUAUUUAAUUUAUUUAUUGGCGAAAAAAAUGGAUGAUUUAUUUGAACAAGCAGAAAUGGAAGCAAUUUCAUACAUUAAAGCUAGAGAUCCAAGUAUUCAGGCAUUAAAUCUACCUAGAAGGUUUGAUAAACCAACUAAUCUUCUUCCACUUUUUGGAGAAGAAAGUCAACAAGAGGAUGAAAAGGAAGAAGAGGACGGACGUUUACAAGUUUAUUUACGCUUUAAAAAAGCUGAUAAUAUUGAGCAGUAUUAUGAAGUUCAAAACGAUCAAACGUUACUUUGUAAAAUACCCAGUGAUGCACAGUGCGUUCGUAACAUUAGGAAUGAGAAGAUUGUUAAAAAGUAUAUAUUCACAAAAAUAUUUCCUCCUGAUGCAAAACAAGUAGACAUCUUUAAUGGGGUUGUAAAAGAAAAAGUGUUAAGAUUUAUUAAUGGACAAAACUGUUCAUUAUUCACCUAUGGUGCAUCAGGAUCUGGAAAAACCUUUACAAUUUUGGGUACAGAUCAAGAGCCAGGGAUAAUUCCAAGAGCUUUAGAAUACUUGUUUCAAACAUUACCACAGCUUCAUGAGCAUACUACUAUGAAACCAAUGCAUCCUGGUUUAAUGAUAAGACUUAACAGUUCAAUAUGCAAAACUGAACGAGAAGCAUGCUAUCAAAUUAUUAAUUCAGUAUCUGACCGUAAAUUGCAUUGUGAAAUGUACAGAUCAAUGCAGAAAAGACUAAGCAACGAACCAGGAGCUGUUUUAGAUGAAGCAGAUGAUGUCAAUUUGGGGGUUUGGGUAACAUUUGCAGAAAUUUAUAAUGAAAGUAUUUAUGACCUGCUAGUGCCUCAGCCUCCUAGAGGGAAAUCUAGACAGAAAUUGUGUUUAGGAGCCAUUAGAGGAAAUAAUUAUAUUAAAAAUUUAAAAGCUGUAAAUGUAAUGUCAGGUUUAGAAGCUUAUAUGGUGCUUCAGUAUGGCCAACAAAACUUACAAUACGCAGAAACACAAUUAAAUUCUCAUUCAAGUAGAUCCCACUGCAUUUUUACCAUUAAAUUAGUACAAAACUCAAAAAAAGACAAUGGGACUUCAAUGAGUCAAUUUCAUUUUUGUGAUUUAGCAGGUUCUGAGAGAGUUAAAAAAACAUUAAAUAUUGGUGAUCGGUUAAAGGAAUCUAAUAAUAUAAACAAUUCUCUUUUGGUCCUUGGAAAAUGUAUAAGUACAGUCCGGGACAUACAAAAGAACAACAGUGAUGGUAAAAUAGUACCUUUCAGAGAAUCAAAACUGACUCGGUUAUUCCAGAAAGCGUUGUCAGGACAUGAACCAAUUGCAAUGAUUGUGAAUUUGAAUCCCUCAAGGAUUAUGUUCGAUGAAAGUUUACAUGUUCUCAAUUUUUCUGCUAUUGCCAAAGAUAUAAUAGUUGAAAAGACAAUAAUUCGAAAUGAGAGACGGGAAAGUAGAUUUUCGCAAUUCUUACAAUCAAAAAGCACUGGUAUCAGUGAAUUCCAAAAAUAUUACGAUGAAGAAAAGGAAGCACUUAAAUCAAUCAUAUGUCAACUUCAAACUGAAUUGCAAUUAAAUGAAGAUACAUAUCAAAGGGAUCGCGCCAGAAUUGUAGCGGGUUACAAGGACAUUAUUGACAACAUAGAAAGGUGCCACCAGCAGCAAAUGGCGAACUUAAAACAAAUUGAGGACAACAAAGUGAAACUUUUGGAGGGAAAAAUUAACAUGUUGAAGAGUCAGUUGGAUAAUGAUUGUAAGAGUGGCAUAAUUGAUCUAACUAUGGAUGAAAAUGAUAUUGAUUAUUACAUAGAAGAACUUGAAAGGUGUCAAAGAGAUAUAGAAAGACAAAAAAUCCACUAUGAAGGUGAACUACGGAAAAAGGAUGUGGAAAUUACAUACCUAAAUAAAAAACUUAGCAUAGCAGAAGAAGACAACCAGAAGUUACAUUUACAAGAGAAAAUUAAGCAGCUUGAAGAAGAAGUUGCUACAUUAAAAGAUACUUUAAGUGAUGCGCAGAAUGAUUAUGUAGAGUUAGAAGCUAAACUUUCUGAAUAUCAGGACUUGUAUGAGGCGCAGGUUUUAAAAAUAGUCCAAUUAGAAGAAGAAAAUUCCCAGUUAAAAGCUGCAUUGCAUAAUAGUGUUCGUGAUUCGGAGGACGAUUUUGAAUUGGAUUUGUAAUAGCUGUGUUUUAAUAUAUUUUGAUAACUGUUUGUAUAUACAUUCCUAUAUUUCAUUAAUACUGAUAUUAUUAAGUACAAAACAUAAUACAUUCUUUACAAUUAUCUUUUAACUGUACAAACCUUUUUUAAGCUACUAAGUUAAUAAUAAGAACAGUAAAGGCCCUAGAAUGGUACCUUGGGGAACUACGAUUUCUAAUUGAAUUAGUUGAUUUAUUCAUUUACUUAUUAAAGUAACUAAUUCAUAGGGGGGGGGAGG